UUGUGCAACUUCCAGAACUCGAAUACGAACAAAACAAAUUUUUUUGUCCUGACAGCUCUGUUCUAGUGCGUGCAUGACGUGUAAUUUGUUUCUUUUUCUACGACAAGAACGUCAUAUAUACCUAUUUCGGUUUAUUAACCUUCAAAUAAUAGUCAAAUAAACGUCAGAGUACAUCAAAAUCUAAACGUCACCGUGGUUACCAAUGGUGGUUACAUUAAAGGUUAGAAAACAAAAAUAUUAGUGACAUUAUUUUUAAAGAUAUUUUGCAGUCUUAUUUAAACAUGUCAAAUAAUGCAGGAUCUAUUUUUCUUGAUGUUGACUCCAGUAUCGUCGAACACAAUCUUAGAAUUAGGAGGGAUUCUGAGGAAGAUGAGCUCCAAAAGUUGAUGGAACAGAAGAGUUAUCCGUCUAAAUUAAUUAAGCCAUCAUCGGGAUUUUGCAUCAAAACCAGGGAGAUCGAUGAAAAAACCAAAAUCUUCAUCAACAUCUGCCAAACUAACUCCAUUCCGCCACCAAAAGACAUCUCAGCGACAGAACUUCAAGAGAUUUUAGAAUCCGAUGAACCGGGGGAUUACAGGGUGCCUAUGAGCAUCGGCGAAAUAAGGACAGAGAAUGACAAAAAGGGAGAAAGCGCCAAAGUUUGCGAUGUUGCCAUCAAUCCCUCCUUUUACAAAAAAGUCGUGGAAAUAGCGACAUUUAAAAACUUCUUCCUUGCCAUUGUAUUCCACGGUAUUCAAGACAAAUACAAUAUACAGUGCGUAGAAGAGAAAAUUAUUUUGAAAAACAAAAAAUGUUUUGGGACUCUUCAAAUGCAUAGGAUACAAGAUCGGGAAAUUCAGCAGAAAAUGGCUGAGGCAAAUAAAGACGAAUCUCAUAUAUUUCCUAAGGUUGCAGAUCCAAACUUGCCCAAGAAAAACCUGAUAGAAACCAUAUCUUCCACUGAAAAUGUAGUCAGGGAGCCGGUUUAUAGAAUGUACAAGAAAAAAGAUGGCCAGAAUUGUUUGUAUGGAGAGUUUAAAUUACCCGAUGUAAUAUCGAUAAAGGAGGUCACGCUUGAUAUAGGUGAAGAUAGGAUUCUUUUGGAAUCGAAAACACGAGGAUAUCUUUUAGACGUAUUUAUACCAUAUAUUGUGAAGCAAAAGACCUGUUCCGCAGAUUUCAAUAAAUCGAGUAAGAUUUUGACUGUCACGAUGCCGCUGGUUGGCGGAUAAAGGAUUUUAAUUUUAGUUGCUUUAUAUAGAUUGUAAAUUUAUUAUGACUUUCUUGUAAUUUAGAUGAAUAAAUAGUUUAAAAGUA